AUGGGAAAAGAGGCCGAGCGAUUGAAACUCACGACACCGAGAGGAAAACGUGUCGACGUCUCAAAGCGGAAACCAGACGGAGAGAUAGUGUCGAGCUCGUUGCAAAGGCAAAAAGACCGAGCCACUAACCAUCGACAACGAACACUGGAAGAACGCGACAGGUACAUGGCCGCCAUGUGCGGUACGUCGCCACAGCUGUUCGAAUGCGUGAUCAUUGUGUCACUUGAGAUAUCUCCUGAAAUUACUACGUGCAUCAUCGCAGCCCUUUUAGGGGAGCAAAGAAUAUUGCUUGCUGAUAACACGGUGUGUACAGUUUCUAAACUGGUGCAAGUUAUGGGAGCGUUAAUACAACCACUUUGCUGGCCACAUGUAUUCAUACCGGCAGUUCCAGAUAAUUUACUUGACCUUUGUCAUAAUCCCACCCCAUACCUUAUGGGCAUACUCAGAAACAACCUCGCCCUAAUUCAUAAACUAAUUAUAGCCGAUCAGUCAUCUGAAAGCGCCAUCGAUCAGUUAGAUUUCGUUUUCAUCGAUGCUGAUAAUGGCCUUGUAAAUCCACCACCAGAACCUUAUGCUUUCAAUAGCAAUUUUGCAGCAUGGAAACAGCAGAUUAUACUUCUUUGGUAUGCGUCGCUAUUUGGGCACUACAAGACCAUUUCGGGAGAGUGUGAAUGGGGCUCAGAAUUCAAGCGACGCCUUGUUGAAGCUCAACCAGAUAAAUCAGUCCGACCGUAUCUUUCAUAUCUUUCCGAGACCGUCAUGUUUCACGAAUGGGUUGUGAAAAGAUGUUCAAAAGCUCCUGAGUCGUCAGAUCCACUACCAGGCAGUGAAGAAUUUCUUAACGGACGUAUCGAUAAGCUUUACUCAGCGGGUGUCAACUGUUUUUCAACAAGACCACUGACUAAAAUGAUUAACAAGGUCUCUAAGGUACUGAGAGCAAAGAAGUAA